AGGGGCUUUAGCAGCUGCUGCUAAACGUGCUGCCCGAGGCUCGAGCUGAGGGUCAGCGCCGCCGGCGCCAUAAUCCAGCAUGAGUGAUAUCACAAAGACGACGACGACGAGCCGUAAUCAGGCAGUUCUUUUUCACAAAAUGAGCGAAUCAGAUGAAGCAGCUGCUGCUAAACGCACUACCCGAGCAGAGGCUCAGCGCCGCCGACGCCAAGAUCCUGAAGUGCGUGCCGCCGAAGCUGAAGCUAAACGGCGCCGUCGACAAGACCCUGAAGUGCGCGACGCCGAAGCCAAGGCUCAUCGCCGCCGCCGAGAGCAGCCAGGAGUGAGCGCCGCCGAAUCGGAAACCAGGAGCCGCUAUCGAGAGGACCCGGAAGUGCGCAACGCCAAAGCAGAGGCUCAUCGCCGGCGCCGAGAGCAACCAGGAGUGGCCGCUGCUGAGGCUGAAUCUAAGCGCCGCCGUCGAGAGGACCCGGAAGUGCGCGACGCCGAAGCAGAGGCUCAUCGCCACCGCCGAGAGCAGCUAGGAGUUUGCGCUGCUGAGGCUGAAUCUAAGCGCCGCCGUCGAGAGGACCCUGAAGUGCGCGACAACCCGGAAGUCCGCAACGCCGAAGCAGAGGCUCAUCGCCGGCGCCGAGAGCAACCAGGAGUGGCCGCUGCUGAGGCUGAAUCUAAGCGCCGCCGUCGAGAGGACCCUGAAGUGCGCGACGCCGAAGCAAAGGCUCAUCGCCACCGCCGAGAGCAGCUAGGAGUGGGCGCUGCUGAGGCUGAAUCUAAGCGCCGCCGUCGAGAGGACCCGGAAGUGCGCGACGCCGAAGCAGAGGCUCAUCGCCGCCGCCGAGAGCAGCCAGGAGUGAGCGCCGCCGAAGCGGAAGCCAGGAGCCGCUAUCGAGAGGACCCGGAAGUGCGCAACGCCAAAGCAGAGGCUCAUCGCCGCCGCCGAGAGCAGCCAGGAGUGAGCGCCGCCGAAGCGGAAGCCAAGCAAAAAACAAGGAUUGCUAAGCCUGACGGUGCAACAAAAAUUUUCCAACGGCUGUUUAGAGACAACCCGUUUGGGAGCGUAUGUUCAGUCUGCGAUCGGCUCUGGUUCCAGAACGACUUGCAACCGCUACCGGACAGAUGUCACGAAACCCUAGAGCAAUCAUUUCCAAACUGGGACCUAACCCAAUUCAAACUGUGCUCGACCUGCAUACAAUCAGUGCAAAAGGGUCAUAUUUCUCAUCUUUCCUCAAGUAACGGUUAUGUAUAUCCCCCGAAGCCAGCCCACCUCCCACAACUGAACGCGGUGAGUGAGAGACUCAUAUCUCCACGAAUUCCUUUCAUGCAACUGCGACGGCUGAUGCACGGUGGAGGUCAAAACGGCAUUAAGGGACCAGUAGUGAACGUCUGUGUGACGUGGAUGACAUGGUGA